AUAUGGCGUCGUGACGCGAUACAUCGAUGAUUUUAACCUAGGUGUGUCGUUAAUUGUCGUGCGAACGGAACAUGCUUGAUAACGAAUUGUAAAACCGCGAGAUUGUACGACGUGAGAAGAUCACAUUUUUGAGAACAACUUUUCGUUGCAGUCCAUCAAGAUAAAAUAAUUUGAAAUUCUUUACAAAUGGCAUAAUACUUACGUAUGUCUUCGAUCGACAACAAUCUGUCUCUGCUCAAGAGCACUACAUUACACCUUCUACACUCAAAAUAGUGCCAGCAAGAUGAAGUCCAGCAAGAGUUUAGGUAACAAUGGGUUGUGGGGAGAGUUACCGCCACGAGAGAUGCUUAAGCAGGAAGUAAUAACACCAGACCUCAUAGAAAAUGUCUGGCGACAAGUCAUAGAUGACUCGAAUAACACUGAUUGUGAUUACCGAAUUGAUAAUAGACAACUUGAAUAUCUACAAUUACCAAUGGGAAAUUUACAUGUGCUGAAUACCAUAAAUCUUCACCAACAAUUACGGACAAUGGAAGAAGGAACUGUGCUUAGUAACAUGACUAUCAUAGAAUCAGAGAAUUCAAAAGAUGCAACACAUUCUAAGAAUCUAUUUCGCUUUCUGCCUUAUCAGCCAAAAGGAAAUACAUUUAAAGAUUGCUCCACUAUACACUACUUGACACCUCAAACCGCACGGAAUUUACUAAAGCAUGCCGUGACUAUUUUAUUAGCUCACAUAGGGUUUGAAAACGCGUCAGAUAUAGCUAUAGAAACACUCAUUGAUGUGGCAGAUCAUUUUCUAAGACGGAUGACCCUCUUGUUAAAAGUAGCAAAAGAACAGAAGGAUCAUGGCUUUCCGGAUGCUGUGGAGAGGGUGCUGCUGGAGACAGGUGUGGGUGGAGUGACAGCGUUGCACGACUACUAUCAGGAGUACAUCUUGAAGUUCGAGGAAAACAUGAGGAAGAAAGUCGAAGAGAUGAUGGAGAGACAGAGGAUGGUCCUGGACGAAGCAGCCAAUAAGUUACAAUUCGAAGAGCUAGACGAGUUUGGCAACGUGUACCGGGAAGUCCCGACGUUGCAGCUGCUUGAUCCUGAAAUGGGCUUCCCACCUAGUCUGGAUGCGGGAUUUCAAAUGCUCUACAGUUUGGAACAAGAUGAAUUGAACAGUAUGGAAGUAGAAGAGGAGGUGAACGUAAGCGAUUCACCGAAUGCAGGACGAUCAGAUGCAUCUGUAGAUAAAAGGAGAUGUUAAAGAAUUAUAAGUUGUAUAAAUAAAGUUACAAUGUAACUUUGCUCUUAUGA